GAAAGAUUCUUCUAGUAUUUCUGUUGCCAAAAGAAAGAAUCGGAAGCGAGUUCGAUUAGAAAAGGCAAAAAUAGAACGCAAACUGGAUGGUAUUUUCCGUAUUUAUGAUGACAUAGAAUAUGGAGGAAUAGAAGUUCAGAGUUUGUUUACUCAAAUUAAUUCAACCGAACGGCUUAACGAUGGAUUUAAGUUGGGCAAGUCAAUGCAUGAUAUGUUAGCUUUUUUAUUAAUAAAAGAAUUUCUUAAAUUACAAGUUCAUCAAUUGUCGUCUCCUAAAGGAUACGUGUCAAUUCUCAAAAGAGGUGAAAUUUAUGAAAUUCCAACACAAGCAAAAAAAAAUAAUGGAUUUAAUAAUGCUUCUAUCAGCUGUCUGGAAAGUAAAGAAGAGCCGGAAAAUUCUACUGAAGAUGAAUUUGUACAGAAGUUAGUUAAUGGUUCAACUACACCACCACAUACUAUAUCUUUUCCGUGGUCGUUUGAUACGUAA